UUAGACAUACUUAGAUUAUACUGUUAUAUAUUGUGAUACGUUGUUGUUAGUUGUGAUUCUAUGAUUCUGAUGACUGUGACAAUGUGAAUCUGUUGAGAAGUUCUGGAUUGCAUGUCACUUGUCCCUUAUUUGUGAAUUUUUGAUCCUUUGAUUAGGGUUUCUAUGAUUAUGUGGACUGUGACAAUGUCAAUCUGUUGAGAAGUUCCAGGUUGCGUGUCACUUGUCCCUUAUUUGUGAAUUUUUGAUACUUUGAUUAGGGUUUCUAUGAUUCUAUGGACUGUGACUUUUUAGAAUCACUUAGUUGUGAUUGUAUGAUUUGUCUGUAUUGUUUGUGGAAGCCCCUAAGUCCCUAACCCCUGUUGGUUGUUGGAUGUUGCCUGUGUUGGUGAAAAUGGUGGAAGCCCCAAUUGUAACUACCAACUGUGAAAUCCAGUAAAAUGAUGAAUGUACACUUCAGGCUUUCAGGUUCUUGAUUUCUGGAUUUCUUUGUCACUUUGUGUGAUUAAUAUGAUACUGUGAUUGUAUCCCUGUAUGCCUGUAUGUUACUAUGUUUAUAACUUAUAAGUUAUAAGUUUAUGGAUGUAUGACCCUUAAUAGUUAAUUCCUUAAAGUCCCAAUUAUGAAAUUUAGAAAAAUGAUGAAGUUAUGAAGUGUCUGUCUUCUGAUUCUGGAUUUCUCUACUUCUCUUAGUUGUCUGUGACUAUCUGAUUUUGUUCAAUAUGUUUCCCACUUUGUGGUGACCACUAUACUGAUAGUAUUCCAUUUACUUAGAUGGAAAAUAUCAUAGAGUCUGGAAGUCAACCUUCUAAAUCUUCAAUUGAUGGGUCUACAGUGGUGGAAGCCCAAACUGUUGACACAAAUAAUCAACAGAAUGUGCAACCUACUACUGCAGUUCCUGAGAAGAAGAGGAAGAUUGUUGAGUCCAAAUCACCAGUGUGGGAUCAUUAUGAAAAAAUUAAGGAUAAUAAUGAUGUUACUAUCAAAGGCAAGUGUAUAUAUUGUGCCAAAAUUUAUCAAUGUCAAGCUAAAAAGCAUGGUACUACCUCCUUGAGAAACCACAUGUUUAGCUGUCUGAAAAACCCCACUCUAAAGACACUAGACAAUCACUGUUAACCUUUCAAGCUAUUACAAAUUCUGAUGCAUCUCCUCCUACUGUUGGUGAGUUAGGAACUUGGGUCUUUAACCAGGAAGCUAUUAGGAGGGCCUUGGUUGAAAUGAUUAUAAUAGAUGAACUGUCUUUUAGAUUUGUGGAGGGUCCAGGGUUUAGGAAGUUCAUUCUGGUGGUUUGUCCUAGGUUUAAGAUUCCAUCUAGAUGGACAAUUAGUAGGGACAUCAAUCUGAUUUAUGAAGAGGAAAGAUUGAAGUUGAAAUGUGUUUUUAGGGGGAACACUCAAAGAGUCAGUAUUACAACUGACACUUGGACUUCUAUUAAGAGAAUUAACUACAUGGUAGUGACUGGCCAUUUUAUAGAUGAAGAGUAGAAGCUUCAUAAGAAGAUUAUCUCAUUUGUCCCUAUUACAUCACGUAAGGGUGAGUCUGUUGCAAAAGUCCUUGAAACCUGUUUGCUUGAUUGGGGGAUUAGGAAUGUGUAUAGAAUAACAGUAGACAAUGCUUCAUCUAAUGACAUUGCUAUAGGUUUUUUAAAAAAGAAAUUGAUGUCUUGCGGAACAUCUACUGUGAAGGGCAAGUAUAUUCACAUGAGAUGUAUUGCCCAUAUUCUGAACCUUGUUGUCCAAGAUGGCCUGAAACAAUGUGAUGCUUCUGUGAAGAGGGUAAGGGAGGCUGUAAGAUAUGUGAGGAGUUCACCUGCUAGACUUAAGAAAUUUAGGGACUUGGCUGAGUGGAAUGGGAUUGAACAGAAAUCUUCUUUAUGUCUAGAUGUUCCAACCAGAUGGAACUCUACAUAUCUUAUGUUUCAAUCUGCAAUUACAUAUGAGAAAGUGUUUGAGUCACUUGAAGAAAGUGAUAGUUCCUUCAAAUCAAAUUUGUCUGAUUCUGUUCCUAAUUUUCUUGAUUGGGAGUCUGUGAAGAGUUUGGUGGAGAUCUUGAAAUGUUUUUAUGAAAUGACAAUAAGAAUUUCUGGUUCUUUAUAUGUCACUUCUAACACUUUCUUUUUUGAAUUUUCUGAUUUAUACUGCAUCUUGAAUGGAAUGGUGGAAGCUGGAGGGUCUGUGAAACUGAUGGGAGAAAAUAUGAAGGCUAAAUUUGAGAAAUAUUGGGGGGAUAUAGAUAAAAUGAACUUGAUGAUAUUCUUUGCAAACAUUCUAGACCCCAAAGACAAGUUAGAGUACAUGGCAACACAGAUGAAUCACAUGUAUGGUGAGGUAAAAGGUAAACCCUACUAUGAGAAAGUGAUUGCAGCCUUGAAAGAGUUGUUUAAUGAUUAUGCUGCCUCUACUCCUGCUUCUUCCACUACUGGUUCUGUCAGUACUCCUAUUGAUUUUUCACAGUCUACAGUUGGGAGGCCCCAACAUUUGUUAAAGUCACAGAUUAAGAAACAAAGAUUGGAGAGUGGGGGAAUGAAAAAAACAGAGUUAGAAAUUUACCUUGCUGAGGCAAUAGUUGAAGAGGAAACUUCUUUUGACAUACUUAGAUGGUGGAAGUUGAAUGCUGAAAGGUUUCCUAUCCUUUCUAAGAUAGCUAGGGAUGUUUUAGCUAUACCAAUAUCUACUGUUGCCUCAGAAUCUGCCUUCAGUACAUCUGGGAGGAUUUUGGAUCCUUUUAGGAGUUCAUUAACUCCUAAAAUUGUGGAAGCUUUGGUCUGUACUCAGGAUUGGCUUAGGCUACCAAAUACCCCCUUAUCAAUUGAGGAAAAUCUAGAGGAAUUGGAGAGAUUUGAACAAGAAAUUGGUACUGAUGGUUUCUCGACUCUUAAUCUCUGUAGAGCCUCUGUUUUCAGCUAUUUCGUAACAUCUAACACACCUUACUCUUAUUGCUUUCUCCCUAUCUAGGGGGCCAAUAUCUUUUACAGCAACAUACAUUGGCAUGGUUUCUUUGCAGAUAUUUUGGUUUUUUUUUUUUUUUCUAAUUGACAAGUGAUUCGAACUGAAGAUAGGGUGAAGUUGGGAGUGGAUGUCUCCAUCGACAGAGGCUUAUAUACAAUGUAAAACUGGAUUUCAAAAUCUAUGAUGUUAUCUUGGAAGCAUGAAUGGUCAUGGAGACCUUUCAGUUUCCAAGAGCAUGGUGAUCAGACAUUACAUCAUUGAGUCUCUUUAGUAUGAGUCUAUUUAUAUUUAUUUAUUUUAGAUUUGAGAAGUAUGUUUUCGAAGCAGUGUUUAAUAUGAACACUCUCUUUAGAAGUGUGUAAUUAUUAGAAGUCUAUUUAAAUUGCUUUAUUUUACUUGGUAUUAUCAAA